UGGCUGUGCCUGCGGCUCCGCCUCGCUCACCGCGCAUGCGCGCUGCCAAUCCCGGCAUCCUGAGGCGCGGCGCGAGCAGAGCGGAGCCAUGGCGCUGCACGUCCCUAAGGCCCCGGGCUUCGCCCAGAUGCUCAAAGAGGGAGCGAAGCAUUACUCAGGACUAGAGGAAGCUGUCUACAGGAACAUCCAGGCAUGCAAAGAACUUGCUCAAACCACCCGUACAGCUUAUGGACCCAAUGGAAUGAACAAAAUGGUAAUCAACCAUCUGGAGAAGCUUUUUGUUACAAAUGAUGCUGCUACUAUCUUGAGAGAGUUGGAGGUCCAGCAUCCUGCUGCAAAAAUGCUUGUGAUGGCUUCCCACAUGCAAGAACAAGAAGUUGGAGAUGGAACUAACUUUGUCCUUGUUUUUGCUGGAGUCCUUCUGGAGUUAGCAGAAGACCUUCUGAGGAUGGGAUUAUCAGUCUCAGAGGUGAUUGAAGGAUAUGAAAAAGCGUGCAAGAAAGCUCUAGAAAUUCUUCCAGAUCUGGUGUGCUGUUCUGCAAAGAACCUUAGAGAUGUUGAUGAGGUGGCAUCUUUGUUGCAUACUUCAGUAAUGAGCAAACAGUAUGGCAAUGAAAGUUUUCUGUCGAAGCUUAUUGCUCAGGCCUGUGUUUCUAUUCUGCCUGAUUCUGGUCAUUUCAAUGUUGAUAAUAUCAGAGUGUGCAAGAUUGUGGGUGCCGGUGUCUCUGCUUCAUCAGUGCUACAUGGCAUGGUUUUUAAAAAGGAAACUGAAGGAGAUGUUACUUCUGUCAAAGAUGCAAAAAUAGCUGUGUAUUCCUGCCCUUUUGAUGGUAUGAUAACUGAAACUAAGGGCACCGUACUCAUAAAGAAUGCUGAAGAGCUGAUGAAUUUCAGCAAGGGAGAAGAAAACCUAAUGGAUUUGCAAGUCAAAGCUAUUGCUGAUAGCGGCGCAAAUGUAGUUGUAACAGGUGGCAAAGUGGCAGACAUGGCACUUCAUUAUGCCAACAAAUACAAUCUUAUGGUAGUCAGGUUGAACUCAAAAUGGGAUCUGAGAAGACUGUGCAAAACUGUUGGUGCAACAGCCCUACCCAGACUGACUCCCCCUACUCUAGAAGAAAUGGGUCACUGCAAUAGUGUGUAUUUAUCAGAGGUUGGAGAUACGCAAGUUGUUGUGUUUAAGCACGAAAAGGAGGAUGGUGCUAUUUCUACUAUACUCAUUCGUGGAUCUACAGACAAUCUGAUGGAUGAUAUCGAGAGAGCAGUGGAUGAUGGCGUGAAUACUUUCAAAGUGCUCACAAGGGACAAACGUCUUGUUCCUGGAGGUGGUGCAACAGAGAUUGAAUUGGCCAAGCAAAUCACAUCUUAUGGAGAGACUUGUCCUGGGCUUGACCAAUACGCCAUCAAGAAGUUUGCUGAAGCAUUUGAAGCCAUUCCUCGAGCAUUGGCAGAAAAUUCUGGAGUAAAGGCAAAUGAAGUCAUAUCCAAACUUUAUGCCAUGCAUCAGGAAGGCAACAAAAACGUUGGAUUUGAUAUUGAGGCUGAAGCUGCUGCUGUGAAGGAUAUGUUAGAAGCUGGCAUACUAGACACAUACCUGGGAAAAUCCUGGGGUAUCAAGCUGGCCACAAACGCAGCAGUAACUGUCCUACGAGUGGAUCAGAUUAUUAUGGCAAAAACAGCAGGCGGUCCAAAAGUCCCUAAGCAACAAGGACAUUGGGAUAAGGAUGACUGGAGAGAUGAGCCUGACAAGUAGUAUCAAUCAUAAUGGCGAAACCAGCUGGUGGUCCUAAACCUCCAUCAGGAAAAAAAGACUGGGAUGAAGACCAAAAUGAUUGAACAAUUGUACCACUUAAUUACACCAUUAUGUGAGUUUUGUAAUAUUCCAGUUGGGACCUGUCAUGAUGUGUUGGUCUCUUGCCUUUAAGUUAUGAACUGUAGCCAGUAGAGUGCAGAACUUUGAAUGAACACUUCAAUAAACUUACUACU